AUGGAAUCUCCUGAAAUAAUCCAAGAGAUCCCACCACUUGUAUUGAAGAGUUUGGGAGAUCGUUCGUAUGACAAAAGAAAGAAGGCAGCUUUUGAAAUUGAAAGCAUCGUGCACCAAAUGCAUGAAGCAGGAGACAAUGAGAGAAUUCGGAAGAUAAUCCAUAAAAUGAGUAGUGAGGCCCAGAGCUCAUCAAGCCAAUACACGCGAAUGGGAGCAUUAAUGGGUUUAGCAUCAUGUGCAAUAGGAGUGAGUAGCGAUAUUUCUAAUUAUAUCGUUCUGCUGUUGCCUCCUAUUCUAAAUUGUUUUGAUGACGAAGAAUCGAGGAUACGCUUUUAUGCUUGCGAGUCGCUGUACAAUAUAGUGAAAGCUGCAAGAAAAGAAAUAUUAAUAUUUAUUAACGAGAUAUUUAGUACCUUAUGCGAAUUGUACGCCGAUGUCGAUGUUGAAGUGAAAGAGAUAUCUUUUAUAAAAUAA